AUGGCAAAGCCGCUGCUCGAUGAUUCCCCCGUCUCUGCCGCCCUCAAGGCCCAGGAUCCGCCCAGCGCAAACUCAAAUAUCGCCGUCCCUUCCAAUGCUACAACAUUCCCCCAUUCCGCUCCGCCAGCUGCCGUCCCGAAAGAUCAGACUGCCACGGACAUCGCCACACCGGCCGCCAAUACUGCCGCGGGGACUGUCGUGAUCAUCUACGGCCAGAACCAAGAUCAUAUCGUACAACUGGUAGCGGAAGUUCUAGGCAAGCCAUGGACAACAGAGGCGUCGCUUGGGAUCCUUGCGCGGGCCAACGAUGCAGUGGUAGCGGGAAUCCUAGCGCGUGAUUUAGAGCGGAGCUUGCAGGGAUGUGAGCGAUCAUCUCUGGUUCUAGUAAACACGUACUGUGUGGAAGACGGGUCUGCGCCGGAAGACUCGCUCACCGAGAGAUGUGACUAUGAGUUCUUAUAUUCGCGGAGUCCGUUCCUGCGCCGAGAUUUGUCACGGUUUUUGUCUUUGAUUCUUGGUCAGACGAGGCCUCAUGAUGAUUUGCGCACGAAGACCAGGACAAAUUUCAUCUCGACUACUUUCCCCGAUGUGCGUGCUGCGUUGCCAAAUUUGGAUAUCCUGUCUGUGGGAUCUGAUGCUGUUGAGAUCCGUGUGGAUUUGCUGGUUGAGCCUGCACCGGAGGGUUCAAUCAUUCCACCUGUUCCGAGUUUGAAGUAUGUUGGUCAACAGUUGAUGUUGCUGCGGCAGCAUACUGAGUUGCCGAUUAUCUUUACUGUUCGUUGUACGAGGGAGAACGGCAAGUUCCCGCUAGAUGACCCUGCGCUCUUUUAUAAGUACCUGCGGCGCGCGAUACAGUGGGGAGUCGAGUAUAUCGAUGUGGAACUAUGGCUGCCAGAGAAGAUUCGGCGUCAGCUGUUUGGGAAAAAGGGCCAUAGUAUGAUUUUAUCUGCAUUCCAUGACUUCUCUGGAACCUGGAAGUGGACGUCCGAAGAGGCGCAGCGCAUAUUCACGGAAAGCGCCAAAUACGCCGACAUCGUGAAGAUGAUCGCCAUGGUCAACACAAUCCAAGAGAACUACGAGUUAGAAUACUUCCGAUCUACCAUUAAAAACCGCGGCCCGGGCCCACUCCUGUCAGCAGUCAACAUGGGCCAAAUGGGCCAGCUAUCGCGAGCCCUCAACACCGUCUUCUCUCCAAUCACCCACCCUCUCCUUCCGAUGAUCGCAGCUCCAGGUCAACUAACCGCAGCGGAGAUCAACGAAGCCCUACACAUAAUGGGCCAACUCCCCAGACGCGACCUCUACGCCAUCGGCUCAUUUCGCUCAACCCCACACUCAAUGUUCAUGGAGAAAUGCCUAAACGAACUCGGUCUCCCGCAUAAUUUCACCUCAGUCGACCGCGGCCCCAAAGGCUCCAUGGAAUCCGUUCUUCUACAACCACACUUUGGCGGCGCCUAUGUCAACCCACCAGUCCCAAGCACAACUGGUUUCAUCCCCGCAGUCAGCGACGCAGCCCGCGCAAUCGGGUUAGUCGACACAAUCGCCAUGACACCAGGCGAAGCCGUACCCGGAACCUCCCGAUUCAUCGGCGAAAAUGCCGCCUGGAAGGGCAUCCGCGCAACGCUGACGCGCGAGUACGUCCCAUCCGCAUACAGCAGCCGCGCAGCGAUCAUCCUCGCCGGCUCGGAAGCAGACGCUUCCGCGGCGAUUUUCGCACUACGCAGUCUGGCCAUUGGGACAAUCUACACAGUCGGGUUUAAAGCGAGUGGCCCGCUCGCUGCGGGCCUCGAGCCGUUCACAUCCAUUCAAUCUGUCCAGCGGGUUGAGCAGCCCUUUGUUAUUGUCUCUGCGCUGCCGCCGGAGAAAUCGCUCCUCGUGCAGCCUCUGUUGAGACAUUAUGGGAUUAAUGGUCGUUCCUCGCCGCGUUCGACUCGUGGAAAGGUUUAUCUUGAUCUUACGAGUGGGCCAAGGAAGGGGGAUCCUUUGGCUGUUGCUACUAGUGCAGGGUGGACGGCGUAUGGGGUUGAGGAUGUUAGUGCCUGGACUACUGUUGAGACGCUCAGGUUGCUUGUUGGGCAGAAUGUUCCGUUUGACUUUGUUCGCAUGGCGUCGGGGAGGCCUUUGUUCUAG